AUGACAGCAGAUCUCUCUGCGUCCAUCAAAAUGAGUGACGAAGCAUCACUAGCGUCGUCCUAUUACGAGGUUAUUGACAAUCUUUCUGUCAUAUGGGAAGAGACUUCGCAAGAUUUGCAUUCAAUUGUCACCAAUCCAAAACAUUACCGACGGCUGAGUAGUGGCCCGAUUCCGUACCCGCCAUCAUCUCCACGUCUUUCACCAAGAAGUUUAGAUGGAAAAUCCCGAGUCUCAAUUCCUCAUCCACCGUCAUCGCCACUUCUUUCGCCAAGGAGUCUAGAUGGAACACCGCGAGUAAGGAAUAGCAGAAAGUCGCCGUUGUUGAGAAAUAAUGUAUUAUCGCUGGGGCCAGCAUCAAUUGCAGAAGCAGACGAAAGGGAAGAACGCAAUAAUGAUACGGAAAAUCCAGGGCGUCCUUCGAUUUUUGUCACAUCGUUACGCACUGGCGAGCUCGUCGCCUUGCCACUUCAAGAUGACGAGUUUACAUUUGAGAGUUGCACCACUGGAUCGGAUAUGCAAACGGUAGAAUCCAUUGAGGAGUAUUUUUCUGAUGAAGAAGACCAAGACAAACUGCCAUCACGGCGGAAUAGAAAAGAAGAGUCAACUGAAGAUGAAAUGAUUUUUGAAAUCGUUGAUGAACUGAAGGAAGAGCUUAUGGUGAUCAAGCAUGCCCGGGAUGAAGCGAUGAAGGCACUGUAUUUGCACGACUCUCCGCUGGCCAAAACGCAAAGAAAAGCAGCUUCUAAAUCAGAAAAAUUUCUGUCCAGACUAAGUACAAUCCCGCAAGUACCUACUUUUGGGAACACCGGCGAGAUAACCGACUCUUCUUCACUACCGGAUGUUUUACCCAGAGUCAAGAAAGCUGUGUGGAAGGACAAGUCCGCCACUUUUGAAAAUCCCAGAGAGACUAAUGAUCCCUUGCCAGCAGGGGUUUCAGCCACUUGUGACUCGAGUUUACCUGAAACUGACGCGAAGGAUGACUCUCUAACCACUAGAAGCGCAGAACCAGCUAGCUUUAAUACAUCGCUGCCAGACCCUCCGUUUACAAUGCAAGAGAGCACACAACAAGGCGACACAACACAGAUCUCUCAGUUUGUAACUAACGGUAGUGUGAAGCAAGUCAACGAGUCGUCGGCACCAACCCAGUCGAGCACGGCAACAUCAGAGCCACCGUCAAGCAACAUCGACGAGAAUAAGGGUCCCUCGGAAACCUCAGCUUUGUCAUCACUAGAGGAAACCUCCACGAGGGAAGCGAUUGAAGCAGAAUCGUUUGAUUUGAAUUACACUAAUUCAAUUGACACUACAUUGCUGGAAGAUUUUUGGUAUGCUCCAUUUGACGCACCAUCCACUUUGGAUUCCACAACGACACAACCCACAGCGACGGCGAACGUAUCGACUGCAGAAACAACAGACGAAAGUGAAAACAAUUCACCAACAGAUGUGUCGCUCACAGUAGACCCAGCUGUGUCUGCACCUGACCGACCAAUAGACGCUUUGAAGACCAAUGCUCAAGAAGAAACUGAGCUGCCCAGUCGCGAAGAGAAAUCCUCCAAAGUGAACCAAAUAACUCCGGCACCGCACUUUGCGUUGAUGCAGAAAUGGUUUUUAUCGAAUCUAAAGCCAUCGUACUUUGAUCAGGUGCAACGCCAGGCGUUCCGCAUAAAUAUAGAUGGCCUGGGUGGGCAAAGACGGAGGGUCCAAUACAACACUUCUCGUUUGCUCCUGAAGAGGCGCCUACGAAAGCACUUCAAGCCACAAGGGAGAAAUGUGGUUGCUCAAAAGCGUUACGAGAAGCCCCACGAGCUUCAAAGUGAACGGUCGAAUGACAGUGACAACGAAUCGAUUGAAAUUUUCUUUGCGAAUCCACAGGAGGAUGACUGUGACAGUGUACAAGGUAGGCGUCGUCCCUUGCGCCGAUCCAGCAGACGGAAAUCGGAAGGUGAUCUCCGCAAUAUGGUGCGCGAAGGAAAACGGGCGGAACUUCGCUCCAAAAUUCAUGGCAUUGAAGACAGACUGGAGCGCAUUCGCAUGAACUUGAGUAGUAGCUUUUCAUCACUUAUAUCAAUCGAAAAUGACGAGGGUGAAGAAGAUUCUGAUUCUGAUGCUGAUGUUGCCGUCGAGGACAACCAGGGGCUGACCAAGGGAUGGUCGUCGUCACGGUCGUUCAGCGAGGGUAUGCUGUCACCAGAGCCGUCACCAAGGGAAAGAAAGGGAUCGAAGGGAAGACUAGAGCGAAUCAGGGGGAAGAAAAAGAUGAAUCUAGAGAAACUGCAGCAUGCUUUGGAUUCAGCAAUGGAGGCAGUUUCAGCAGAGAUAGAUUCAUAA